AUGGAGCUUGAAGGGCUUCAUGAGAAGCAACGUCACUACAAGACGUCCACCAUCUUCCUCGUCUGCGGCGUGUCCUGGGGCGCUGCAGCCUAUGGGUAUUCUGCGAGCGUCAUUUCGACCACUAUUGCCCAGCCCACCUUCCUGAAAUAUAUGGGCCUCGAUGGGCCCAACUCCACUCAGCUCUUAGGGGCAGCAAAUGCUCUUUUCUUCGUUGGCGGAGUUUUUGGCAGUUGCAUGGUCGCAGCAUUCGCGGACAAAUAUGGCCGCAAAGCGGUGAUUGGUGGAGGGGCGGCUGUCGUUUUGGUAUCCACAGCUCUACUAGCCGCAUCUGUCCACAUUGCCAUGUUUAUUGUCUUCCGCUUCUUUGCCGGUUUCGGUGGCUACGCAGCCCUCACAGGAGUGCCCGUCUGGGUCGCAGAAAUUGUGCCGCCUAAACACCGUGGUAUCCUUUCAGACAUCAAUCCUAUUUUCAUCAAUAUCGGAUAUGUAUCCGCAUCAUGGGUCGGCGUUGGCUUCUUCUACCUCGACAAUGAGAGUGCGUGGCGCGGUCCCAUUGCCCUUGGGUGCUUACCGCCCUUACUUUGUUUGAUCUCUCUCUGGUUCGUCCCCGAGAGCCCCCGAUACCUACUACUUCAAGACCGAGCAGACGAGGCUUGGGAAAUAAUUCGCGACCUUCACUCGUUUCACGGCGACGACCUUCACUCGUUUCACGGCGAUGAGAGCUUCGCCCAACGCGAAUUCCACGAAAUGAAAACCCAAAUUCUCUUCGAUCGGUCACUUUCAGGGGGUUAUCGCGCCAUCUUUAAACGACCAUCAUAUCGGAAGCGGGCGUUGAUGACCAUGGGCCUAAUAUUCACUUUAGUUAGCUCAGGAGUGCUGGUCAUCGGAAAACGCUUUCUGUGCAAAGAUUAUUCAACCAUCCUAUACUCACAACUAGGCUAUAACAACAAAGAUCAACUAUUACUCCAGGCGAGCUGGCUCAUCGAAUCGUUCUUGAUGAACCUUGUCGCUCUACUGAUUAUCGAUCGCCUACCACGUCCCACUCUUAUCACAAUAGGCUUGGCCGGCUGCGUGGUGGUAGUGUCAUGCGAAGCUGCACUUGUGGCGACAUACCGAGACAGUGGUAACAAGGCGGGUCUGGGCGCUUGCGUUGCGUUUUUAUAUAUGUUCAACGUCACAUAUGGCUGCUUUCUGGACGGCGUCACAUGGUGGUAUACGGCCGAGAUCUUCCCAACUCACCUCCGUGCUCACGGCAUGACGCUUAAUAUGGCCAUGUACGCGCUGACCAACAUCAUCUGGCUGCAAGCUGCACCCACGGCAUUCGCCAACAUCGGAUGGAAAUACUACCUCUUCUUCAUUUGCAUCACAACUGUUGGCACGAUCAUCAUCUGGUGGACUUUCCCUGAUACCUUGAAUAAGCCACUCGAAGAGGUCGCGCAGCUGUUUGGAGAUAACGACUUGGUUGUGGCUUACCAAGAUCUUGCUGGAAGAGGGAACGUGACCUUGGCUGAGGUUGAGCUCCAGGACAAAAUCGCCACCACCACGAUGGAUGGGAAGGAGCAUAUUCGAGACCAUGCGAAACAUGAGGAAUUCGCGUCUUCUGAGGGAUCGAAGGACAAGUGA